AUGUCUGCACCUGAGGUCCAUCAUUUGUUUCACAGUCCAAUUGCGGAUCAUUCCUUCUCAAGCGAUAAGAGCACCUUGGCCGUUGCGCGGGAGAACAAUGUGGAGCUUUAUCAGCGAACAGGCAACAAGUUCUCCUUGACCGAUGAACUCAAGGGACAUGAAAAGACCGUGACAAGUGUUGAUAUUGCUCCCAAUAGUGGCCGUAUCGUCACUUGUUCCCAAGAUCGUAAUGCUUAUGUUUGGGAGCAAACUCCGACGGGUUGGAAGCCGACUCUAGUUCUUCUCCGGAUCAACAGAGCUGCAACUUUUGUGCGUUGGUCCCCAUCAGAGCAGAAAUUCGCCGUUGGCUCGGGAGCCCGCGUCAUUGCCGUCUGCUACUUCGAAGAGGAGAACGACUGGUGGAUUUCAAAGCACCUGAAGAAGCCCAUUCGGAGCACCAUCACUACUCUCGCGUGGCACCCAAACUCCGUUCUGCUGGCCGCAGGUUCGACGGACUCUCAUGCACGGGUUUUCUCCAGUUUCAUCAAAGGUAUCGACACGCGCCCCGAGCCAAGCGCUUGGGGAGAACGUCUUCCGUUCAACACAGUCUGCGGGGAGUUCCUUAACGACUCAGCUGGAUGGAUUCAUGCCGUGUGCUUCUCCCCGAGUGGAAACGCUCUAGCUUUCACUGGUCAUGACAGCAGUGUCACUGUUGUUUACCCCAGUGCCCCCGAACAACCUCCUAGGGCCAUGUUGAACAUCACCACACGCCUCUUGCCGUUCACUAGCCUGAUUUGGAACGGGGAAAACGAGAUUAUUGCCGCCGGUCAUGAUUGCGAGCCAUUCCGCUUCAGCGGUGAUGAGAGCGGGUGGAAGCUGGCAGGUGCUAUCGAGAGCAAGACGGGAGCCGGAGCUGGCAGUGUGCGGGACGAGUCGGCCCUCAAUAUGUUCCGCCAGAUGGAUCUCAAGGGACAGACUCACGCGGACACACAGCUGAAGACGAUCCAUCAGAACACCAUCAACACGAUUAGGGCGUAUGAAGAGACGGGCGGUGCGGUCCACCAGUUUAGCACGAGCGGAGUUGAUGGUCGUGUCGUGGUCUGGACCAUCUAG